GAAGCUGCGGGCGGCCCGGGCGCGUAUUUUCUUCCUCGAGAGAAAAAUCUCAAUUCCUUCGUACCGGGUAGAUUUUGAUACACCGCGGCAAUACACGGAAUACCAUUACCUUCCACGCUGCGCCAGUUAGCGCGAGAGUUAUGAAACUGUUCGCGAUAGACCAGAUCCGGACAGACCUCAACUAACGAGUCAACUAAUCGCUUAAGCGUCACCGUCGAUUCGCCAACGAUGGGCAACGGCAGCUCCAAAGACUAUAAUGCGCAACGAGAUAGCAGGAUGACCCAGAGUAGUAACCAACCCGACAAGAACAAUCCUACCAUGAGCUUGGAACGCGAUCAGCUGGGCCAGCGAGGAAGCGGCGACGUGAAAUGCGCUGGUCUUCUGCGUGGCCUCGAUCAUCUCUGGAACCCGCAGUUGAACAAGGGUAUGGCGUUCACCCUCGAGGAGAGGCAGGUGCUGGGUAUACAUGGUCUCCUACCGGCGGCCGUGAAAACCCAAGAGGAGCAGUUAGAGCUCUGCCAUCUCAAUCUGGAACGCUACACGGACGAUCUCUCGAAAUACAUAUAUCUCAUAGGCCUAAUGGACAGAAACGAGAAGCUCUUCUACCGUUUAUUAGCAGAAAAUGUAAGUAAAAUGAUGCCGCUGGUGUACACGCCGAUCGUGGGUCUGGCGUGUCAGAAAUUCGGCCUGGUUUACCGCAGGCCGCGCGGCCUCUUCAUAAGUAUCCACGAUAAAGGGCACAUCUACGACGUAUUGAAAAACUGGCCCGAGCACGACGUACGGGCGAUCGUCGUCACGGACGGCGAGAGAAUAUUGGGAUUGGGUGACCUGGGUGCUCACGGUAUGGGUAUUCCCAUAGGCAAGCUGACAUUGUACACCGCAUUAGCCGGCAUCAAGCCCCACUAUUGUUUGCCGAUCACUCUGGACGUCGGUACCAAUACUCAGUCUCUGUUGGACGAUCCUUUGUACAUUGGUCACAGACAAAAACGCACCACCGGGAAAAAGUACGAUGACUUCCUGGAAGAGUUCAUGAACGCCGUUGUAAAGCGAUACGGCCCGAACACAUUGAUCCAGUUCGAGGAUUUUGGAAAUAUCAAUGCGUUCAGAUUGCUUGACAAAUAUCGCAACGAUUACUGCACCUUUAAUGAUGAUAUUCAGGGCACCGCCUCCGUUGCCCUUGCCGGCUUAAUAGCAUCCCUUCGCGUUACGCAUAAGAAGCUCUCGGAAAACACGAUCGUGUUUCUGGGCGCCGGAGAGGCGUCAUUAGGUAUCGCUAUGUUAUGCGUGAUGACAAUGCAGAGGGAAGGAAUAUCCGAGGAAGAAGCUAAGAGCAAAAUCUGGAUGGUAGAUUCGAAAGGAUUGCUAGUGAAGGAUCGUCCGAAAGGCGGCAUAACGCCGCAUAAAUUGCCUUUCGCUCGCGAGGGCGCGCCGAUGGAUAGUUUUUUGGAAGUCGUGAAGCUCGCUAAACCAUCGGUUAUCAUCGGCGCAGCUGCCGUCCCGGGUGCCUUCACGACGGAGAUACUGAAGGAAAUGGCGCGGAACAACAAAAUUCCCGUUAUUUUUGCUCUGAGCAACCCAACGAGCAAGGCAGAGUGUACCGCUGAACAAGCGUACAUUGCUACAGAAGGAAGAUGCUUAUUUGCAAGUGGCUCGCCUUUCCCACCGGUGACGUACAACAAUAAAACUUACUAUACUGGUCAAGGCAAUAACAGUUACAUCUUCCCUGGAGUCGCGUUAGCCAUAAUUUGUGCCGGUAUACGCACGAUUCCCGAGGAGAUUUUUCUUCUUGCUGCAACGACUCUUUCCGAUUUGGUAACACAAGUCGAUUUGCGUAGGGGAACUCUCUAUCCGCCGUUGGCCGACAUACAGAAGUGCUCGCUGCAUAUAGCAUGUACGGUAAUGGAAUAUGCUUACCAGAAUUGUCUAGCGACCGUCUUUCCAGAACCUACAGAUUACGAGAGUUUUAUCAAGGCGCAACUAUACGAUACAAGCUACAAAUCGUCGAUACCUCCAAUUUAUUCAUGGCCGACUUUAUAAUAUUUUAAUUUAACGAUAAUUUCGUGUUUGGAACGUGUUUCAAAUUACGAAAGAGGAACAUACGCAAAUAUUUGAGGGGAUUCUUUAAAAGACGAGUUCCUCUCACUUUUCUGAAGCUUGUUGAUCGGGCUUGUUUUAUUUUAAGUACCAUAUAAAUGUGCAAAUGUGACCAACAUGUAGAAAAAAAAAA